AUGGCUUCAUUUGAUAUCAAGGCAAUGGAUCUACCCCAGCAAGUCGAGUCCGUCAAGGGGCCCGAGGAGCAUGCAGCUAAGGACUUGAACAAUGAUCCGAGAUCUACCAUCACUGCGAAGGAGGAACGAACUUGUCUACGAAAGAUCGACACUUGGCUCACGCCCCUCAUUGUCGUUACUUAUUGUCUGCAAUAUGUCGACAAGGUCAUUCUGAACGGAGCAUCGCAGUUCGGUAUUAUCCAAGACCUCGACCUGUACACUGUGGCGGGCCACAAUGCGGUAACACAAAAGCCGAUCCUGAAUCUUCAUCGUUUCUCUAUGGUGACGCUCAUAUUCUACUGGGGCUAUCUCGCUGGUGCUUUGCCCGCUGCCAUUCUCGCACAGAAACUUCCCCUGGGAAAAUUCCUAGCGGGCCUUGCUAUCACCUGGGGAGCCGUCACCAUGCUCACGGCCACAGUCUCGUCGUAUCCGGGGAUGCUGGUGCAGCGGUUCUUCCUCGGCGUCUGUGAAGCUGGCGCAGGACCAGGUUUCUCGCUCAUGAUACCACUGUUCUGGAAGAGAGAAGAACAACCUCUCCGCUACUCGCUCUGGUACAUGUCUCAGGGCCUCGGAGGAUUCCUUGGACCCAUGAUGGUCUACGGUAUCGGCCAUAUUCACGCAGAGCUCGCGCCGUGGAAGUUACAAUACCUGAUUCUGGGCGCAAUUACGAUCGUUUGGGGAGCCAUCAUGGUCUUCGCACUACCGAACAACCCAGAGUCAGCCUGGUUCCUGACCGAGCCUGAACGCAAGGUCGCCGACGCGCGAAUCCGUCUGGAACACGUCACCGAAGAGACCAAUAUGAUCAAACCUCACCAGAUAGUUGAGGCAUUGAAGGACCCCAAAACGUGGCUGACGGUGGUAUCGACGUACUGCAUUCAUUUCAUCAAUGGUGCGUGCUCGGGGUUCGGGUCCAUCAUUGUCAAAAGCUUUGGAUACUCGCCGUUCAAGUCGGUGCUGCUGACCGGGUGUGCUGGCCUCUAUCUCCUCCUAGGGUUGGCUGUCGCUGGUGUGGCAGCCAACUACCUCCCCAAGGCCCGGACCGUGGUCUGGUGCGUCUGCGAGGUGUUUGUCAUCGUUGGAGCAGCACUGAUCUGGCAUGUUCAAUGGGCGCCUGACCACUCAGCUGCCCUCGCAGGUUUCUUUCUCCUCUUCACCUUUCCGCCCUCGUACACCAUGCUGCUGUCUCUCGUCGGCUCAAACACCGGCGGCUACACCAAGAAGGUCUUCGUCAUGGGUCUGGUGUGGAUGGCGUACUGCAUUUCCAAUGGAACAGCACCACUGUUUAUCAAGACAACCGAGGUCGAUGAUCAUUAUCCGACCUUGUUUCGAGGCUCUCUCAUCACGGCAGCUAUCUCGGUAGUAUGCAGUCUGGCUAUGAGGUUCUACCUUGUGAGAGCAAACAAGAAACGAGAUCAGAAUCUUGAUAUCACAGUUCAAGAGUGCGAUACUAUAUAUGAUCUUACUGAUUGGGAGAAUCCGCACUAUCGUUACGCUCUAUAG